AUGCCUCAAAACGAAUAUAUUGAACAACAUAUCAAGAAACAUGGUAGACGAUUAGAUUAUGAAGAAAGAAAAAGAAAGAAGGAAGCAAGAGAAGGACAUAGAAUUGCUAAAGAUGCUCAAACUUUGAAAGGUUGGAGAGGUAAACAAUUUGCUAAGAAGAGAUAUGCUGAAAAAGUAGCUAUGAAAAAGAAAAUUAAAGCUCAUCAAGAAAGUAAAGUUAAAGGACCAUCUACUCCUAAAGUUGAUGAUGGUGAAGCAUUACCUACUUAUUUAUUAGAUCGUCAAACAAAUAAUACUGCUAAAGCUAUAUCAAGUUCUAUUAAACAAAAAAGAUUAGAAAAAGCUGAUAAAUUUCAAGUCCCAUUACCUAAAGUUAAAGGUAUUUCUGAAGAAGAAAUGUUUAAAGUUAUUAAAACUGGUAAAUCUAAAAGUAAAUCUUGGAAGAGAAUGAUUACUAAACAUACUUUUGUUGGUGAAGGUUUUACUAGAAGACCUGUUAAAAUGGAAAGAAUUAUUCGUCCUGCAGCAUUAAGACAAAAGAAAGCAAAUGUUACUCAUCCUGAAUUAGGUGUAACGGUAUUUUUACCUAUUUUGGGUGUUAAAAAGAAUCCUCAAUCUCCAAUGUAUACUCAAUUAGGGGUUUUAACAAAAGGUACAAUUAUAGAAGUCAACGUUUCCGAAUUGGGUUUGGUCACUGCUGGUGGUAAAGUUGUUUGGGGUAAAUAUGCUCAAAUUACAAAUGAACCUGAUAGAGACGGUUGUGUAAAUGCUGUAUUGUUAGUGUAA